GGGGCUUCCUCUAGCUGGGACUGAGGGACAGAAGGACCGUCCGGCGCGCGCGUGGCUGGUCGGGAUGGUGGCUGACUGCGCAGGAUAGUGGCGGCCAUGUGGAGGUGACAGUCAGCCUGUGGACUCAGCGCAAAGGAGCUUGGACCAGGUGGACGUCGCUGGCUGACAGCGCGGUCUCGGUGCUGGCGAUGGAAGCGGAAGGCUUGGAUUGGCUUCUGGUCCCGCUGCACCAGCUGGUUUCCUGGGUGGCCGCUGGGGCCAUGGUCUUCGGAGGGGUGGUGCCAUACAUCCCCCAGUACAGGGACAUCCGGAGAACUCAGAAUGCCGACGGUUUCUCCACUCACGUAUGCCUGGUGUUAUUGGUGGCCAAUAUUUUACGGAUACUCUUCUGGUUUGGAAGGCACUUCGAGUCCCCGCUGCUGUGGCAGAGCAUAGUGAUGAUCCUCACCAUGCUGCUGAUGCUGAAGCUCUGCACCGAGGUCCGGGUGGCCAACGAGCUGAACAUUAAACGCCGUUCCUUUGCAGCCACAGACAGUAAGGAUGAAGAACUCAAAGUCCCCCCCAGGCGGCCCUACCUGGACUUUGACCCUCACCAUUUCUGGCACUGGAGCAGUUUUGCAGACUACGUGCAGUGUACCCUGGCCUUCACAGGCGUGGCAGGCUAUAUCACCUACCUGUCCAUCGACUCGGCUUUGUUUGUGGAGACGCUGGGCUUCCUGGCUGUGCUGACCGAGGCCAUGCUGGGUGUGCCGCAGCUGUAUCGAAACUACCGCCACCGCUCCACGGAGGGCAUGAGGACAGUCCCCAUGAGCACUGGAAAGUCUUGAAGAAAAGGGCAUCUACUGAGCACAGAUCAAUGGGUGAGCUGGAGGGAAGAACCCAGUCAUGCGAGGAACCCAUGGAACUUCACACUGAGACCCUUUAACUUCUCAGAGAUCCCAUCCACUUCUGAGACUCCAUCCUGCUUCUACCUGAGACCCUGUCCCCUCCUCACCAAGGUCACCCCACCUCUUGUGGAAGACCCUCAGAGGCCCCCUUCUCUGAGGGUUCUUUGUGCUUGGCAUUUUGAUGUCAGAGGAAUCAUAGCCUCCUGUCUUGUUGCGUAAAGCACAUCCUGGAAAGAAGGGACAGUUCUGAGGCUUGGGGUUGUGCCAGAUGCCAGAUUUCGGAUUUCAGUAGCUCUCUGAGGUUCCUUUUUAUUGGAUGCAGGACUGCAAGUCCGAGGCUUGUGUGCAUGUGUGGAGCGUAGGUCCAUGUGUGAGAUGUGUGUUCAGGUAUAGAGUGCAGUGCAAUGUGGUUCAGGACGAGGGACGUUAGUGCCACUAAAGCUCUAACAUGAUACACGAGCAGGGCAGAGUUAGGGUGACAGUUGUGACCACAGUGGAUCAAGUUUCCCAGGUGAGGACGGAUGGAGCCCUGAAUUGAGUCUGGAUGGUUUUUUACAUCUGUGGAGGCUGAAGCUAUGAGGAUCCCAAAGCUCUGGUUUGGAGCUGGUAGAUGUACAGGUAGAACUCCAACUUGGAGUCCAUGUUAAUUCAGAGCAAAGACACGGGUGACUUCUGGAGAUCACUAACUCUUUGCUGUUCCGAACGUUAGUGCCGGGUGACCCUUACCCAGCUGAGAGCAGAGGUGUUUUAAAGAAGGUGUCCUGGGGCCGAGGAGGAGCCAGUGUUUGGAGAUAUGGGGCUCGCUGCUAAUGUAUCCUCUCGGGGCAGGGUGCUUGCUGCCUUGGGGCAGAGUCACAGAGGCACUUGCCGGCCAAGCUUCCAUUACUGCUGGGGUGGAUGCUGUUAUUAGGAUUGCCCCAGGAAUCCUAGUUGGGGAUAUGUCAGGCUCCACCAUGUCCUCACCUUUUCCAGAAGGAGGGCUGGGUUACCCCAGAUCAGGUCCUCCAUGUCCUGACCUCCUCCAGAAGGAGGGCUGGGCUACCCCAGAUCAGGUCCCCCCAUGUCCUCACCUCUAGAUGGAGUGCUGGACUACCUAAGAUCUUGGGGUUGUGACUCUUGAAACCACAGGAAGUGCAAUUUGAAAUAAAUUUGAUGGGGUGUGGGUGCUUCUUGUGCUGGAUUGAAAUGUUGUGUUUAAUACAUGUGCACACACGUAAACACUUAAACACACCUGGAAACUAAAGGCUGCUGACAGGUGGUGACACAACCGGGUAGGUUUUAUCACUUUCCUCUAAGGAACUGCAUACCCCAUUGCACCAUCA